CCGAGCUGUGCGACUCGCUCUCUCUCUUCACCGCCAGGCAGACUUGGAGAGUGGUGCACGCUGGUGAGAGACGGAAUGCUUGUCCCAUAUGUGCGGUCUCGGCUUUAGGACCAGAAAUUCGCCGUCACAAAAGACUAGCCUGCGAUGGGGCGACUGUUGUUCUCGCCUGAAGGCCUGCCCAAGUGAACGCCGCCUCUGAGACUACUCUGCACGACCUCGAAUCCACCCCCACACCCCCCAUCUCUUACUCUGUCCGUUUCAUCUCUCUCUCUCUCUCUCGUUUGUAAAAAUAUAUAUAUAUAAAAUACACUUCACUGUGCGUUACCAAAGACUGAAAUCCAACAAUUCGUCGUCGACCUCUCACCGAUGACGCCGCUGCACUGACAUACCCCCCACACCAACUGCGAAACCACACUAAUUCUCAACACACAUCCUGCACGAGUGCGACUCUCCACAGCAGGCUGCAAGAUGAUCAACAUUGCCGGAGUUGUGUCCAUCGUGCUCUUCUACGUGCUCAUCUUGGCCGUGGGCAUCUGGGCCGGCCGCAAGAAGGAGCACGGAAAUGACUCGGAAGAGGAAGUGAUGCUCGCUGGCAGGAGCAUCGGCCUCUUUGUCGGCAUUUUCACCAUGACAGCGACCUGGGUCGGCGGCGGCUACAUCAAUGGCACCGCCGAGGCCAUCUACACUUCCGGACUGGUUUGGUGCCAAGCGCCCUUUGGCUACGCCCUCAGUCUCGUUUUCGGCGGCAUCUUUUUUGCUAACGAGAUGCGCCGACAGGGCUACAUCACCAUGCUGGACCCGCUGCAGGACAAUUUCGGCGAAAGAAUGGGCGGUCUGCUCUUUUUGCCAGCGCUUUGCGGGGAGGUCUUCUGGGCUGCUGGAAUUCUAGCUGCGCUUGGAGCCACCCUGAGCGUCAUAAUCGACAUGGACCACAGGACGAGUGUCAUCCUCAGCUCGUGCAUCGCCGUGUUCUACACACUGUUCGGCGGCCUCUACAGCGUCGCCUACACAGACGUCAUCCAGCUUUUCUGCAUUUUCAUUGGCCUGUGGAUGUGCAUUCCGUUCGCGAUGAUGAACGAGCAAGUGGGCUCCCUUUCGCCGGCGGUCGUCGACUGGAUAGGCGAGGUGGGCGAGGACCAGCGUUGGUUCUACAUAGACUACGGUCUCCUGCUCGUUUUCGGUGGCAUCCCAUGGCAGGUGUAUUUCCAGCGCGUGUUGUCCAGCAAAACAGCCGCUCGAGCACAAAUUUUAUCGUACGUGGCGGCUGCCGGCUGCAUCCUGAUGGCCAUUCCUCCCGUCCUCAUCGGCGCCAUCGCAAAAGCAACGCCUUGGAACGAGACGGACUACAAAGGGCCGUGGCCACUGACAGAACAGGAGACGUCGAUGAUUUUGCCGAUGGUGCUGCAGCACCUGACGCCCGACUUUGUGUCCUUCUUCGGGCUGGGCGCCGUUUCGGCGGCCGUGAUGAGCUCGGCCGACUCGAGCGUGCUCUCGGCCAGCUCCAUGUUCGCCCGGAAUGUUUACAAACUCAUCUUUCGGCAGCGGGCGUCCGAAAUGGAGAUCAUCUGGGUGAUGCGUGCGUCCAUCAUCGUCGUGGGCAUUCUGUCCACCAUAAUGGCCCUGACCAUCCCAUCAAUUUACGGACUUUGGUCUAUGUGUUCCGACCUGGUGUACUGCAUUCUGUUCCCACAGCUGCUGAUGGUGGUGCACUUCAAACACCAUUGCAACACUUACGGAAGUUUGUCCGCCUACAUCGUCGCCUUCUUCGUCCGCAUGACCGGAGGAGAGCCUAUGUUGGGGCUGCCGGCCUUGAUCCACUACCCUGGCUACAAGGACGGCCAGCAGCUCUUCCCCUUCCGCACCAUGUCCAUGCUGCUCUCGCUCAUUACCCUCAUCGGCGUGUCAUGGUUGACCAAAUGGUUGUUCGAGACAGGCCGGCUGGCGCCAGGUUACGACUGGUUCCGCUGCGUCGUCAACAUCCCCGAGGACGUGGAAAGGGUGGGCGAGCCAGCCGGCGAGGGUGAACUCGCCAUGAUGAACACGGCGGCGCAGAAGAACUAUUCAAGUGUGGACGAACGCAACGGCCGCAUCAACCCGGCCCUGGAGCCUGACGACGAGAUGGACGCGGCCGCCGAGGCCAUCAGGCUGAGGCGGCAGAGCGCCCAGCAGGCGCCGGCCAUCGCUGGAGAGAGGCCGCGACAAGACCAGACCGCCUUCUGAGUGCAACCCUAGGCUCCCUAGGGCCCUACGGGCACCGAGUGGCCGCAACAAAGAGUAAACUAAAAAACCCUCUGACCUCUGAAGAAUUGGGUUUUGAAAUCAAUUCUAUACAAACAACUUUUUUUAUAUUGGAAUAGUUAGUUUGUCAUUUCGGAUGUGCAAAAUAUUUUCUGGAAAUUAUUUGACCGAGGUGAUCUUAUUUUGAAACGCGUAUUCAAAUCAGCAUCUCCAAACCCUGCAAGUUUAACUACUAAAAAAUUUAUUAAGUGCCAAAAUCAUUUCAUAAUUUGAAUCUGAGCCCAAUUUUUCAAGUCAGAAUGCCCACUCGGAGUCAAAAGUGAAGCACAGUGCAUGUUGUGGGAACCGUAGCUCAAAUGCUGGUUUAUUUUUAUUUGAUACACUACACGAACUGUCUUUAAUGUCGAACGUAUAAAAUACCUCAGUCUCAAUAUUAACUCACUGUAAAAAUCCCCCAAAAUGAGAAAUUCAGGGGACGCUCUCGAUUAAGGGAUUCACUUACGCUGAUUAAUUGGACGAUCAGUUAGCUCGGUGAAGCAAAACGCACAUACUAACAACUUUCGGUCGGUCGAGAGUGUCCCUCCAUCUGUUCGAACAAGAUAUUAUUAUUUCCCGAGUCAAUCGAGUGCGAAAAUCCACAAAACUGUGUCUAAAUAUAUACAACUAUACGAAGAAGUGAUAGCUGAGGAGAAUUAACAAGAAGUGUUACAUACGAAAAUCAUAAAGGCCAUGUAUCGAAAUAGAAAGGAAUUAUGUAAUCGACUAAAUAGAAGAGAAGAAGAUCUAGUCACGUACAAGAAUUAAAAACAGGACAAAGAAGAAUUAAUUUCCCGAAAGUAAUAAUGCCUCGUAGGUCGAGACUCCAGUGAGAGCUUAUCAAUUACGGCCCUUCCCGUUGCAUAAAUGUCACGUAUUGGUUUGCUAGCCAGACCACUCUUCAAAGAAAACAAACACACUGAAAGACGUGCAUGAGAGAGAUUGUCGUAGGCACUACACUGUUUUUUCGGGGCCACCACAAAAUAUAAAAAGUAAAUCAGUUCAGCGGCAGCUCCAUCGUAAAACAGGAUCACAUAUCUAUAUAAAUAUGAAAUCGAAGCUGUGUUAUUACAUAAUUAGGAUGAUAGGUAGUCAAAGAAAGACAGAACGAGAAUGAGCAUCAUGUAUGUGUAAUUCAAAGGGAAAGUUAUAUAUUAAAAUAGAAAGUACAGUUGGUGAGAGACGCAUAAUCGCAAUUUCAAAUUCAUGAAAAUAUAUAUAUAUUUAAUCAAUGUUGAACAAGAGCAAUAUGGAAGCGCAGUUGUUAAAUAUGAUUUGAUUGAAAUAAUAUAAUAUAUAUAUUUAGAGAUGUCUGUAAGAUGCUGGACAGAAAAUUAAUGUAUUUUUUCUCAACUUUCAGCCGCCUCUUGGAAGGUGGCUCUGAACUUGAAACAUAUCAAUGGACACAUAUCACGACGCGAAGAUUGAAACCCCAAAAAGUGCAUCUUACAGGGAGACAUACAAGCGGUUGCGACAUAAAUUAUUACAAAAGUGUUGAAUUUAGGAAUUUAAAAAACCAAAAAAUAAUAUCCAUGUUGCAUGAUUAAAACUAAAUGGUGAAUGUCGUUAAAAUAUUAAAAAAUUAUCCAAAGGGAAGAGUUGAUGCGUCUGAAUAGGGGUAGCAACCAAAGGCACUUAUUGAUUUUACUGAUCCAACUGGUCCCUCAAAACGUUUCCGAAACCAAUUUCAUAAUUAACGUUGCUUAUAUGUAUUUUGAUGUAAUGGAAAUUUUCCAGUUCAUUUUCUGAAAUUGUAAUUUUAAUUAAAACAAAACAAAAAUGUGAACAUCAAUCAAUUGAGCCAGAUGUUAUUAAAUAUUAAAAAAGGCUUAAUUGUCAAUUGCCACCUAUUAAAAUGAUCAUUUUUAACAAUCUAGGAGAGCAAUAUAUCUUGUAAAUUGACUACCGCAUAUAAAUUAAUUGUCUAAGUACAUAAAAUGCAUAAAUAUUUUAAAUAUUCAAAGUGCAAUAUUUGAUGAGCCAAAAUUAAUUCAGAUCCUCGAGCACGCGGGACUUUCCCCCGAAAGGGCCAAACAAAUUAUAAGAUGUAAUUAAUUUAUUUUCUCUGUUUUUGGAGUUGGUUGUGAAGAGUGGCCUAAUGUUGCUCUGGCGUAUGGGGAAAACUUCACAGGGCUCUUUUGAGGUGGAAAGGGAACGCCGCAGUUGUUGCCUUGAUUGGAAAAGUAAAUAAUAUUGUGGGCAGAAGUGCAGGUUAGAUGUUGACUCUCAAAAUUCAAUAAAUUAAUAAUCAUCAUGCAUAAAACAAACGCGAACUGAUAACACAUUAGUACGAAGAAAGUGUUCAUUGAAUAAUUUCUUUCAAGCCAACCGGCUGCAGUGUUGGUUUGAUGUCUAAAUGUUUAAAUAAUUAAAGCAGCAGAAGUCCAGCCCCAUUUUCAAACUUGCAGUGUUCAGAAUAUAAUUUUCGUUUUCUAGACUCCUCACUGGUUUGUUUGGUUCAUUAAUUUCCAUCACUAAGACCCAGACCAAACUGAAACAAAAAAUAUUUAGUCUAUGUAGGAAAGUAACAUAUGUAGACAAUCGAAUAAUAUGCGGGGUUGUCUAUGUAUCAGAAACAAUUUUCCUCGUUAUUAAUAAUUCCUCUGGUUUUAAGAUGUGCUGGUCACAUAUUUAAUGUUUUCAAUUUAGACGCUUCAAGUUGGAGUAAGUUAUGUAUAUUUUUGGCCAAUGCAUUUGAAGAUAUAGAAGGUUUUGCCGCCGUUUUGCCAUUUCUCAGUUCAUAAAAUUGAUUUGAUUUCAGCACAUUGAAGAAUUAUGUGAUAUGUAUUACUCCAUCGUAAAUUGUGGACUUUCUCCAACCGGUUGAUUUAUUUUUUGUUUUCAAAACAUUUUUUAAUUCAUCGAGUUACCAAAAAUGAUUAAUAUGAAUGGAGGGAAUAUAUACAUCCGUUGUUGUUAUUUACUUGUAGGGAGGAAAUAAAUGCAAAAUAAAACUGAUGUUUAGCCGUUUAGAA